UAUUACACUGUGUGAAUUUGGUUUUGUGCUUUUAUAUUUAAGAGAAAUACAGAACAUAGUCCCCAACAAAGCUACUGUUUCAACAGCAAUCAAACUAUAUCUGUGAGAGCUAUUUUUAACAAUUUACAUCAUCAGUAGGGUUGAAUGGGCUUGGAGCUUAAGUGAGAAUGUAAACAGAGUUGGACUGAGAUUUAAUUACUGUUGUAAAUAUCUAUAUGUUUAAAACAGACCACGUGGUGCAAUGAAAUGAUGUGAGUUUGGCUUGAUCAAACUUCACCUGACAUUCAGUGAAAUGUCCUCUGAGCUCUUCUUCAGGGUUGUUAUGAUUUAUACAGUCAUUACACAUCAUUGAUUGCACUUCUCUCUGAUUGUACAGGUGCUGCCUGCAGUCUCAACAUCAAACCAAUGAAAAUCUCAGAAGUUGUUGUGAUAAAAUAAAGAGACAUCACAACAACAAAACGUUCUCCUUAGAUCAAAAUGAGUCUCACUGAUGACCCUUUACAAGAAACUGAUCAGAAAGAUGCUGAAAUACAUUCAGAUGUCGAACUCAAACUAGACGAUGUUCGAGCGAAAGAUUUUCUUCAGACUCAAGAGCCGAACAGAAGGACAAUCAGCCCACUGACUCUUAUCAAAGAGGAUCUCAGCCAGUUUAAGGAAGAAGUGCUGAAAGUGUUCAAGGAGAAAGAUGCUAAAACUAAUAGCCAGUCGGUGGAAAAGAGUGUUGACACUCUGACUCUACUAAGAGAAGACUUAAAUCAAUUUAGAGACGACUUCUCCAGCAUCUUCGGGAUCAGCCUUUCAAAGGAACGAGAUGCUGCCAAAGAAGCACCAACUCCUCCUGCCUCCACCAACUCCUUCAAGAUAAAAGCCUCUGACGAGCCCCUAAAGAGUCUGUUCAGGAAAGACAGAAAUCUUUUAAAGACGCCUCAAAGAGAAGAGGAACCUAUAAAGAUACCUUCAGGAAGCAGUGAGGAACAAACGGACGAUGGUUUUAGGAAAAAUAUCUCAGAUGAGCCUUUUGAUGCUGGGAAAACAGACAUGAAAGACAAGGUGAAUGAAAAGGAGGAGGGGGAGCUAGAUGAAAAAGUUUCUGAGGAGAAAACGGAGAUGAUUAAGAGUGAGGAGAUUAUACCAAAGACAGCCAGUUUCCCUGCAGACCAGAGGUGUGAGAGUGAACAGUGGAAUGGAGACUCCUCUGAGGAAUCAGGAGAUGAAGAUGGACCUUCAGAAAGUUUUCCCUGGGAGACUCUAUCAUCUGGGAUCACUCUGUUUAGUCUGAGAGAAGACAUGAGGGAUCAGCUAGAAGGAGAUCUGUGGUCACUGAAAAACUUUGCCUGCUACCUGACACUCGACCCCACCACUGCCAACUCAGAGCUCCGUCUGACUAACGGCAACAGGACGGCGUCUCGCGUCUGGUUGGGCCAUCGCUCCUUGGACCACCCGGAGCGCUUUGAGAGCUGCCCACAGGUGUUGUGCAGGGAGGGGCUGCUGGACUCGGUGUACUGGGAGGUGGAGUGGAGCGGCGGUGCUGACGUUGGAGUCGCCUACAACAGCAUCUCCAGAGAUGGAGAUGUAGCGAGCUGCUUGCUGGGACACAACAAGCAGUCCUGGAGUCUGGAGUGCUCAGAGGGCAGCUACACGCCAUGCCACAACAGGAAGAGGUUCAAGUCCUCGUUGCCUGAACCCUUCACCCACAGAGUCGGGGUUUACCUCAACUGGUCUGGAGGUUCUCUGUCCUUCUACUGCGUCUCCCAGGACACCAUGGUCCACCUCCACACCUUCAACUCCACCUUCACAGAGCCUCUGUACCCGGCGUUCUGGGUGUGGGGAUAUGAGGGCUCUGUGUCACUGUGUCAGGUGGAGUUAGGCUGGGAACGACUGCUGCAGUGAAGCAGCAGAGAGGAUGGCCCAAACUGACCAAUCACAGCCCCUCUAGCUUCACCAUGACAACUCUGUGUUCGGUUUUCAGUCAUGUGCAUCAGGAGCAACUUCAAUGCACAAAUAAAGUGAAAAUCCUGUUCCUGGGCCUGACAGGUGGAACAUUUAUCAAGAUAAAAGGAUUCAUUUCAGUUGAUUCCAAUAAUUGUUGAUUAAAUUAAUGACCUAUUUUGAACUUAACUGUAACUUAUUUAGUUUCUUAACCCUCCUGUUGUCUUCAUUUACAGGCACGAGAUUGCACGAGAUUGUUUCCUGUCUGAAAAAGAUCCAAAAAUUUUAUAAAAAAAUCCCCCAAAUUUCUGAAAAUUUACAAAACUUUCAGGAAGAAAAUCUGAAUAAUUCCUUAAAAGUUUCCCUUAAAAGUUUUAUUUAAAAAAAAAAUAUAUAUAUAUAUAUUUUCAAAAAAUGAGUAAAAAUCUUCCAAAAAAAUCCUAAAAAUAUCUAAAGUGAUUACAUAUAUAUAUCAGUAAAAUGUCUAAUAUUUUCUUCCAGAACAUUCACAAAAACAAACAAAAUCCAGCGAAUGUUGCUGAUAGGAUUUUGUUGACAGGAUUAUUUUUUGGAAGAUUUCUAUUCAUUUUUUAAAAAUAUUUUCUUGGCAAAUUUGAGGGAUUUUCCAAAAAUAAAACUUUUAAGGGAAACUUUAAAGGAAUUAAUGGAAUUUUCUUUCUAAAGGUUUUGUUUUGUUAUUUUUGCAAAUUUUCAGAAUUUUUUUGCUGAAUUUUUGGAUUUUUUUCAGACAGGGAAACAAUUUGUUUUGGUGCCUGUAAAUGAGGACUACAGGAGGGUUUUUUUUUUUUUUUUUUUUUUUUACUACAGGAGGGUUAAUGGCGGUCUGCAUCGGAUGCAUUUAAGGGAAACUACCAAACAUUCAAUCAAAAAUUUGUCAUUCCUAUCGAUCAAGUGUCUGUCACUGCUAUGUGUCGGUAUUGUUUUAUUUCUCAGGUCUGGUAGAUCCACUUUCAGACUGAGCGGGUGUCAGCAGCCUCUCACUCUGUUUCUGUCUCCUGAAGCUCAGCGAAACAUUUACAAACCUGCUCUAAUGAAACAAUGCCUGUGUCUGCUGCUGCA